GUGGAAAAUAGCGAGCGGAGCAUGCGCGGACGUGAAGAGGAGAAGGAGGGCGUGACGUUACGCGGUAGGCCGUAGCCGACAAACAUGGCGGCUCGGAGGCUUUACGGGCUCCAACUCUUAAGGGUGUAAAAAAAAAAGGGGGGGGCAACUUUCGGCCCUCUACCUCAGGCCGUCGUCGGCACGCUCGUCAUGGCCCGGCACAGGAACGUGCGUGGUUAUAACUACGAUGAAGACUUUGAAGAAGAUGAUCUCUAUGGGCACUCUGUGGAGGACGAUUAUUGCAUUUCACCCUCAACAGCUGCUCAGUUUAUAUAUUCAAGACGGGAUAAACCUUCAGCAUUUACUGAGACAUUAGAAGAAGAAUAUGGCUAUGAAGAUAAAGAACAUAGCAAUUGUAUCUCUAGUCACGAGCUAACUGGAGUUGAAAAGGCUCAGCUUGAGUCAUGCCUUAAGCAUAUGAGAGAAGUGCUUGGAGAAUCUGUGCCAGAAAAGGUGAUGGUAGAAGCAGUGUUGAACAGUAAAUUUAAUGUACAACAAGCUUUGGAUUCUGUGCUUGCACAAACCAGCAAACAAAAUAUGAAGACUAAAGAUACUGUGACUGCAGGAAAAGCAGCAAAAGGAAAAGUCAGAGAUUUCCAGACAACUAGAAUUGAAUCUGAUAUUGUGCCAAAAGUUACCAAAAUGACUGUAUCUGGAAAGAAACAAGCUACUGGUUUUGAAGUUCCAUGUGUGACAGUAGAAGAGAAUGGUCACAGCACUUUAAUAUCACAAAAAGGCCUGUCAGCUGGCGAUGCUGAUGCCAGUUUGGGAGCAGCUGAGAUUCUACCUAAACCAACUCUUCCGUCCCAGACCGUCCAAGCAUCAGAAGAAUCAACACUUGCACCAACUCCGGUAAAAAGGUCUGGAAAAGCAAAACAACAAAUAGAUGUGAAAGCUGAACUGGAGAAGAGGCAGGGAGGAAAACAUCUGCUUAACCUUGUAGUAAUAGGACAUGUUGAUGCAGGGAAAAGUACUCUAAUGGGUCAUUUGCUGUAUCUCCUGGGACAUGUGAACAAGCGAACUAUGCACAAGUAUGAACAAGAAUCCAAGAAAGCUGGGAAAGCAUCCUUUGCUUACGCAUGGGUCUUAGAUGAAACAGGAGAAGAAAGAGAGAGGGGAGUAACAAUGGAUGUAGGUAUGACCAAAUUUGAGACAAAAACAAAAAUUAUCACAUUGAUGGAUGCUCCUGGCCAUAAAGACUUCAUUCCAAAUAUGAUCACAGGAGCUGCGCAGGCUGAUGUGGCGAUAUUAGUGGUUGAUGCCAGCAGAGGGGAGUUUGAAGCAGGAUUUGAAACAGGUGGACAGACACGAGAACAUGGCCUGUUGGUUCGAUCUCUAGGAGUAACACAGCUGGCAGUUGCUGUCAAUAAAAUGGAUCAGGUCAGUUGGCAACAGGAAAGAUUUCAGGAGAUUGUCAGUAAACUUGGCCAGUUCCUUAAGCAAGCUGGCUUUAAGGAAUCUGAUGUAGCUUAUAUCCCCACAAGUGGUCUUGGUGGUGAAAAUCUUGUCACAAGAAGUCAGUCUAGUGAGCUGACCAAAUGGUACGAAGGAAAAUGCUUACUGGAACAGAUUGAUUCUUUUAAGCCUCCCCAACGAUCAGUGGAUAAACCAUUCAGAUUAUGUGUGUCGGAUGUUUUUAAAGAUCAAGGAUCAGGAUUUUGCGUGACUGGCAAAAUUGAAGCAGGCUAUAUCCAGGUUGGAGAUCGACUGCUAGCAAUGCCUCCGAAUGAAACAUGUACUGUGAAAGGAAUUGCCCUACAUGAUGAGCCAGUGGAUUGGGCUGCAGCAGGAGAUCACGUUAGUCUCACUCUGACUGGCAUGGAUAUCAUCAAAAUCAAUGUUGGCUGUGUAUUUUGUUGUCCAAAAGAACCUAUUAAAGCUUGCACACGUUUUAGAGCUCGGAUCCUCAUCUUUAAUAUUGAAGUCCCUAUCACCAAAGGAUUCCCUGUACUUCUUCAUUUUCAAACUGUAAGUGAGCCUGCUACAAUUAGAAGGUUAUUGAGUAUACUACACAAGAGUACAGGUGAAGUUACAAAGAAGAAACCUAAGUGUCUGACUAAAGGACAGAAUGCUUUAAUAGAACUGCAGACACAAAGGCCUAUUGCUCUGGAACUUUAUAAAGAUUUUAAAGAACUUGGAAGGUUUAUGUUGCGCUAUGGGGGAUCCACUAUAGCUGCAGGAGUUGUUACAGAGAUUAAAGAAUGAUGCCGUGCCAGGACUUCUGCAAUUCAACCAGAUGGAAUCAUAUAUCCAAAUAGGCUUAUUUGAUGAAUUGAGUCAUAUCAGUUGAAGGAACAAAGACAAUUAUAUUUCUGAAAGGAGGAAAUAAAAUGUGAGGUGUUCUGCAAACAUUAUGAGGCCAUUGUUGCUGCGAACUCAUUUACCGACAGGGAAAGGCUCCUUGCACUUUCUCACUGCACAAGUUCCAGUAUAGUCCCCUUCUAAAACUUUACCCCCUGUUGGUCGCUCUAGCAGACCUUUGUGAAAAGUUAAUUGGAAUGAUGUAUUAAGGGAUGAUGACGCAUCAUGGAAAAAAAUUGUUACAUCCAGCCUUAAACCUUGUUUACAAUUUUUGUGAGAGCUGCUUCUCUGCUGCACGUUAUUUUGCAAACUACAUAAAUUGGGCUAAAAUGUUUUAUACAAAAUGUUUUCAAAGAACCCUUCCAUUUCAUAAAAUAUUAUGUAAAUGCUGCACCCAAAAACUUAAUUCCUUCCCACUCUAAUUUUAUUUAAAAACUUAUUGUGUAGGCACAGUUUGACCAAUAAUGGCUAAUUUUAUUUUUAAAAUUGUAGUGGUAUAAUAAAGUAGUGAUCUGAGCAUAAUACUGA